AUGGACGGAAUUAAGAGUGCAGAGGACGGAGGACGGGUGCAGAUCAUCGCUGGGGAUAUAAAGGGCAUGGGGAGAAAUGGCAAUAGUUACCAUUUCAUCGUGUCCAAUUGCUGGUUGGCACCAAGCAAGGGAGAUAUUGGGGCCCGACCCAAGCAUAUGGAAUCAUCGGCAGCUACAAAGCAAACGAGUCGAAAACGGCAGUGCUGGGAAUGCCACCGCCGUCGACUAGUUUGCGGCUCCGAGCGUCCCGCGUGUAAGAAGUGCGUGGCGGCCGGCGUCGAUUGUCCCGGGUACGAUGAGAAGAAACCGCUCAAAUGGCUUCCUCCUGGGAAGGUGACCUCCCGCACUCGGCGGCGCCAACGCCCUCCGGCAUCCCAAACUAACGGGCACACCACUACCCUUGCAAUUCGUUCUAGCAAUGCCGGUGCCAGUUCUCGUAAAGGUGCAACGCUUGGAGCCGAAGUCAUGCCGCACUGUGCCGAAAUGAAAGCAGCAGAAGUUCCCUUGCCUGUUGUCGACUUGAUAGAUGAGACUACUGUCAUGAUGCACACCGUGUACUACUAUAACUUCUGUAUAUACCCUGAUUUUGCAUCCAUGCACGAGCUAGCGCCAAACCCAUAUCUCAUUCGCUUUGCUUUUGAUGCGGUUUACCUCAUCCCCGAGGGUAUACGACAUAGUUUGAUUUGGCUCGCCCUAAAUCACCGCAUUCACAAGCUGCUUCCCACCACAGACCGCUCUGCCUUGAUGCCAGCGCGGUCAAGCCUUUUGCACCACCGGGGUGUGGCCAUACGGGUCAUGGGCAAAGACCUUGACAAACCAGCCACUCGUACUAACGACGCGACCAUAACUAGCGUUCUUCUCUUUCUCUUUGCAGAAAUCCGAGACCCUAUCUCGCCGGAUUGGCGGCUUCAUUUUGGCGGCGCUGCUAAACUAAUCAUGCUGCGCGGUGGCCCUAGAAAAGUAUUUUCGCGCUGCCCCAUACCUGAAACCAAUACUGUCAUUGGGAAUACAACCAGCCCUCCGUCCGAGCAAAUCCCAACCGGUUCACACCUGGACUUGAUGGACCUGGCAUCAGAAAUGUAUGGAGAUGGGCUUUUCCCCAGCCUUCUUUGUCCUCCACCUCUGUUCCUCGAUAUCAUUAGCAUCAACCACUUGCGAUUUCGAGGAAGUCAUCCAUCCCUUGUGAAUAAAUUCACUCAAUCUGCAGCCGAGGCGGUGUUGAAACACAUUGACGCUUUCUCUCCAGAGCAAUGGGCAGCACCCAACACCUCCUCUUUAGAGGAAUGGCUACUGCUUGGGAGAAUAUACCAAUCAGCUGUCAUUUUGUACUGCAUAUCGUCACUUCAGAGUAUUUCCGUCCUUCCGUCAACUCCGGAACUAAAAAUCAUCAGAACUGUCCACAGCGACCGCCUAUCCCUGCUGCUAAAAAGGGCUUUAGUGUCUGAACGAAUAAAGAAAUGUCUGAUGUGGCCAUUGGCCGUGUCCGGAAUGGAGGCAGUGAAUGGCAGCCUAGCCGCGCGCGAUUGCGUUCUUCAGCAAUUGACGGAGAUGAGUCAAGAUCUGGGUUCUUCGUUGCCGCUGUUGGCCAAGUCGAUGUUCAAGAGAUUUUGGGCCUCGGGAAAGACUAAAUGGGACGAUUGCUUCGAUACACCGUAUGCAUUCGUGCCCUAA